UCCGUGAUCCACUAAUAACAAGCACUCGACCCUUGAGCACUUGGAUCAUUGUGCAAAACAUCAAGGAUGAAGCAAGCUUGUUUUUGUUUCUUCUUCUUGGCGGUCAUCCUGCUAGAAAGUGUUUAUGCCGCUACUCCGAAAUGCCAUCCGGAGGAUCUGAAAGCUCUUCUCGCCUUCAAGGCAGGUAUGUCCCACUUGGAGCACUGGCAUGGCACCGACUGCUGCAACUGGGACGCAAUCCGUUGCAACAAUCAGACCGGGGGAAUCGUAAGUGUGGCCUUCGAGGGCAUUGGUGGUCCUGACUCGAGAUUCAACUAUGACCGCAUGAAAGGUACCAUCUCUGAGAACUCACUUGGCAAACUCGCCUUUUUGGAGCAACUGUACAUGAACACGGUGCCGCUUGUGACUGGAGGUAUCCCGACUUCGGUCGGAAACAUCCCCACCUUGAAGGAACUGGUACUGGACAAAACUGGUCUUUCCGGUCCCAUUCCAGCUUCUCUGGGGAAGCUUUCCAAGCUCGUUCUGUUAUCUUUCACAGGGAAUAAACUUUCUGGUUCCAUUCCUCACGAGCUCAGCUCGCUCCAGCGUCUCCAGUCACUCACCUUUCGCGAGAGCAGCUUGACAGGCAGCAUAAGCUCCUUGGACUUCGGGAAGCUGAGAUCUCUCACGGACCUUGACUUGUCGUAUAACGCAUUCACAGGCUCUUUCCCGGCGUCGUUGUUCGGAUCGGUAAAGCUCAAGACACUUUCUGUUUCUCAAAACCAGCUCACCGGUCAUAUCCCUGCGAGCAUCGGCAAGCUCACCCGUCUGGAGGUUCUCGACUUGUCGUCGAAUAAGCUGUCUGGUGGGCUUCCUAGCGAGUUGUUCCACCUGAAGGAGCUGGCUGGUCUGGAUCUGUCAGGCAAUAUGCUCUCCGGGGAGCUUCCCAAAGCCGCACGCAAGUUUCCAGCCUCUGCGUUCGCCAACAAUCGCCUCCUCUGUGGAAGCCCGCUUCCACCUUGUAAGCUGUGAAAUGAUUGCAACCUCUCGACGCAGCUCUAGGAUUUUCACGGUGAACGCUGCACUGUUGUUAAGAUUUAUUUGAAAAAAAUAAAAAUAGACAACCAA